AUGUCCUCGACACGUUCUGUAUUGUCCCUUCUUUUAGUGGUUUCAGCGGUUUUCGCCCACCCUGCUGCUCAUAAUCACUCGCACCUCGAAGUCCGCGCUCCCCAAGUCUAUGAGAGUUGCGUCAAGCCCAGGCAAAUUGCGCUGACUUUUGACGAUGGACCGUACGAUCAACUCCGUAGCAUAUCCGACCAGUUUACUGCUGCUGGGGGAAAGGCUACCUUCUUCUGGAAUGGCAGGAAACAACUACGAUUGUCGGAUUCGCGUAUCUACAACUCCCGCCGUAUUGCCGACAUCCAAUACGUCUUCGCUGCUGGGCAUCAGGUUGGAAGCCAUACUUGGUCUCAUAUAGAUCUCGCCGGUCUUUCAACCAACCAGGUCCACGAUGCGAUGUAUCGUGUGGAGGAAGCUUUUUCUCGUAUUCUCGGUAUCCGGCCUGCCUUCAUGCGCCCUCCCUUCGGCUCAUACAACGGCAACGUCCAAUCCGUCUCGAUUGCUCGAGGACAAUCUCUCGCUUUGUGGGACCAAGACACCGAGGAUGCCAACGGCGCAAGUGUGUCGUUCUCCAAAGGCGUUUACAACAAUGUUGCCAACUCCAAUCUGAACAACGCCCUUAUCCUGGAGCACGAAACAGUUGACACGACGCCCUCUCAGCUGGUGCCGUAUGCUAUUAACUUGUUCAAGAGCAAAGGAUACCAACUUGUGACUUUGGCGGAAUGUCUUGGUGUUGCUCCCUACCAGAUUGUUGGAGUUCCUCAACAACAAACCUCUGCUUGGACUUGCAAUGGCAGUCCUGGUCCCAACUCUGCUUGUGGAGGCUCAAUCGCUUGCCAAACGGGCACACCCCCUGUCAACACUGGACCCAGCAACCCUUCCAAUCCAGUUCCGAACCAAUACAUUCAUCCUAGCGCUAACGCUGGCAAAUGUCUUGCCGCCUCGUCGAAUUCCGAUGGCGCUACUGUCACUGUUCAAGACUGCAGCACCUCCGACGCACAAUCAUGGACCAUCACCGGCACAGGCUCUCUUUCCGUUUUUGGCAAUAAAUGUCUCGACGUCCCUGGCGGCGCAACCGCUUCUGGCACCAAGCUUCAGGUCUGGACAUGCUCGUCGGGUAAUGGCAAUCAGCAGUGGACUACCUCCGGUAACACGAUCCAAUGGGCCGGACACGACCAGUGCGUUGAUUUGACGGAGGGGUCGGUCACCAACGGGAAUCAGAUGCAAAUAUGGUCAUGCACUGGCGGCCCGAACCAGCAGUUCACUCGUACGACUGGCGUCGGCUCUGGCAGUGGGGGCGGAGGUGGAGGCGGAUCGGGAAAGACUAUUCGCCCGAAUGCAAGCGGCUCAACUUGUUUGUCAGCGUCGUCCAACUCCGAUGGCGCGACCGUUGUGGUGCAGCCCUGUGGCAACGGCGCGGAGAACCAAGCAUGGACCCAGAAUGGCGCCACUCUUCUCGUAUACGGAAACAAAUGUUUGGAUGUCAAGGACGGCAACACCGCCAACGGUGCCAAAAUGCAAAUUUGGACUUGCACUCCUGGUCAAGGGAAUGCAGCGCAGCAUUUCACUAUCACGGCUGCGAAGACGAUUCAGUGGAGCGGCCAAACGAAAUGCCUCGAUUUGACAGAGGGAAGCCUCGCAACUGGUAACCAAAUCCAGACGUGGGACUGCUCGCCGAACUCGACGCCCUACGCCAACCAAAUUUGGAACUUCGUUUAA